AUGGGUAAGAAAAAGAAAAACUACGGCUCAUUCUCGCAAAUGCUCGGCACGAUUUUUCGGCUGAUCCAUCAGCUAUGUUUAUUGUUUAAGCCCCCAUCACCUCAGAUUAACACGCCAUCAACACAAUAUCAAUAUAUCGUCUUCGCCUUGGCGUGUCCCAAGGAUAACGAGAGAUUACUGUGCCAAAAUCGGCGCAGUGCCAAACCACCCAUUUUUGUGGCUUGUGAUCAAUUGCCCGGUGUUUCUGUCGCCCCCGAGUGCUUGGAAGUUUUUCAAGAACUAAAAUUGAAGAAAAAAUACAGAUAUGUCAUAUUCAGGAUCUCGGAUGACCAGACGUCAAUAAUCUUUGAGAAAGGAGCAGAAACUGCAAGUUAUGAUGAUUUUAUUGGAGCGCUGCCUCCGAACGAACCUCGUUACGCAAUUUACGAUUUCGACUAUGAAACAGCGGAAGGUCUUCGCAAUAAAUUACUAUUUUAUUCAUGGACUCCAGACACUUCAAAAAUUCGCAGUAAGAUGUUGUAUGCGUCGAGCAAAGACGCUUUGCGCAGGUCGCUGGUUGGUAUUGGAACUGAAAUACAAGCCACAGACUUCUCGGAAGUAUCUCUGGAGGCGGUUCAAGAAAAAGUGUCGCGCUGA